AUGACAUCGUGUGAAUCAUCGACCGUUAAACUGUCGGUUGACGACAUUUUUGCUUUUAGCGACGUGGAGCUUGUGCAGUACAUGAAGCAGAAUCGCCGUUCUGACGGCGGGUUUUGUCUAGAGGUUGACGGUUGGGAGAACCUGCCGGCCGAUCAAUGCAACAAGCUGGCCGAGAUACUGAAGGCCGGGGCAUCAGGAGCAAACGAUGAAGUGCGGUCAUGCCCGGUUGACCUUGAUGCCGUCAAUGCGCGACUGCUUGCAAUCUCGAACGAACAAGACACGCAGCCGCAACACUUCUCAGGAUCGCCCGGCUACGAAAGAUCGCCCACCCCCAGGAUAGAUUGGGAUGAACGCGCAAAGACAGCGGAAAUAGUCGCUUACAAUGAGCUGAUCGAUGCCGGCGGUCGGGCGCCCUACCCUAUCAGCCUCAUGGAGAAGGUUUUCAAGGACCCGGAAGAGUAUCGCGAAACGUUACUUCCGUGGCAGGAGUAUCCCGAGUACAGCAUACGCGACUGGGACAAAUACGUGUUCCAGCUGCAACUGGGGAGGUGGCGGGUUUUCCGUAUGUGGCAGAAAGACAACCGCGACAUUGAUGACGAGGAAGAAGAGUUCGCCGCAUUCAUUGCGAGGGAAAGGGCCGAAAGCAGAUCAAACGACAAAUUCACGCGUCGGCAGACGACGGAGAGCCGGUAUCUUGAAAGGCUACGGUACGAGUUCAGAAGGGCCAAAGACGUAAAGAACGUCGAUGAUCAAGAUGAAAGAUUUCUAGCGUUUGUCGCCGAGAAGAAGCGGCAAAACAUAAAGCUCGGCGUCAAAUGGCCAGGAAUGACGGACAACGAAUAUCAACAGGUCCUCAGGGUCGAGUUUGAUAAUCAGCGGAGGAACCUCCGCCUCUCCGUCGGGAUCCCUCUGUACUGGUUGCGGGAGGACCACGGCCGAGGUGAUUUCUCCGAGUAUGUUAGGGAGGCGAAGCGCCGCCUUGAAAAACACGGCUUCAACCGGACAUUCCAGCUUGACGAAGAUCCGACACGACAGGACGAGUUGACGACAUGGAUCGAGUACCUAAACUACGAGUACUCGUGGUAUGACCGGUACGAGCGAUCCGUCCAUCGUCUACAAUCAAAGUACGACGGGACCUGGAAGGAGCUGGCGGACUCGGGAGUAUUACGGCCUGGUGAGACGGACAAGGAGGUAGGCGAGCAGCUCUGUUUGGAGUCAAAGAAGGCCAGGACUGGGAACUCUCGAUUUACCAAACCAGAGCGCAUACAGGCACUGGCAACAGCCCAUUCGAGCCUGAUCGCCGCCGAGGACGCGUUCAGGACGGUAAAGCGACGAGGCGAUCUCAUUAUAAAGUUCACCCACGAAACAUGGGACUAUUGGCAUGCGAAGAGAAACCUACAACGCCAGGGUCAUUUGCUGCGGUGGAUUCUAGAUCAAGUGCCCGUGAUUGAAGCCGAGGCAAACGAGUACAGCGCAAGGGUCGAGAAGAGGGCUUUCGGGCACGAUCAAAAUGAUGAAGUCUCGGAUGUUGGAAGGCCCUCAAAGCGGAUUAGAGGGUUGAGCCCGGCCGCGGAUGAUGCUGCAACUUUUGUGUGGGCGGGAACCACUGGCACGCAGUCGAUCUGA